AUGGUACAUUUUUUUGAGAGCAUCGGCCAUGCUGGCUCAGACACAAAAGUGCUGUGGUUUUCGGUGUUUGUGCGAAUGGCAUCUUUUAGUCUCACCAACCAGGUGUUGACAUUGUAUCUCAAAGAGUUGCACAUCAAGGAGUCACUGAUCGGACUGUUCAUGUCACUCACGAUGAUAGGAGAUACCCUGCUAUCGUACAUUCUAGUGUGGAACUCGAACAAAAUAGGCAAUCGUCGCAUCAUGGUUCUUGGAAGCUUUCUGAUGCUGGUGUCUGGCGCUGUGUUUGCGUCGGGAACGGAUAGCUUCGGCCUGCUUCUCAUCGCAUCGGUGUUAGGUGUGAUUUCACCGUCUGGAAGCGAGACGGGCCCGUUCAAGUCCAUCGAGGAAGCUGUUCUCGCAAAGUUGACCCCACCAGGCCAUCGGCCCGAAGUGUUUGCCGUGCACGCCGUUCUCUCGUGCGCGGGAUCGUCUCUGGGGGCACUGGUGGCAGGAUUUUUCGUCCAGUCGAUGGUUUCAAAAUACAAUUUCGCCUACAAGGACGCCUACAGAUACACAUUCAUUAUCUACUGUGGCAUUUCGGCGGUGAAGAUGCUCUCGAUGCUACUGCUAUCGCCCAAGUGUGAAAUUUCCUAUGUCCCAACCUAUGAAAAUGCUGCGAAUAAAAAUCUUCCGCAGGAAUCGGCCGAGCCUAAUGAUUCUACUCCGCUCCUGGUAUCGACUGUCGAACACCAGACCGUCACGGGGCUCUCGCCAUCGACGCAGAAAACGCUCUUCAAACUGCUGCUCACGUUUACAAUCGAUUCCUUCGGCGCUGGAUUCAUGCCCCUGGCAUGGAUCAUAUAUUAUUUCAAAUACGAGUUUGACGCUCCAGCAGCCACUCUAGGAGCUAUCUUCUCGUCGCUCGACAUCUUACAAGCACUCGCUGCAAUUCCGUCCGCCUGGUUUGCCAAACACGUCGGCCCUGUCAAGUCGUCGAUUCUCACACAGAUUCCUUGCGGGCUGGCCCUGCUCUGCAUUCCGUUGUUCGGCAGAACUUUAGCAUUGGCAUCUGUUUUCCUGCUUUUCAACCAAACGUUCACCGCAUUUGAUGUGAUACCUCGACAGAUUCUUCUCUCGUCUGUGACCACCUCAGAGGAGCUUCCGAAAGUGAUGGGCACGGUGAACCUGGCGAAAACAGCCGUUAGAGCAAUCUCGCCAAACUUCACCGGUAUCAUGGCCCAGCACGGAGCGCUGUGGGUGUGCUUCGUCCUGAACGCCUCGCUCUUGGUGGCGGCGAACCUGAUCCUCGGAUACAAUUUUCCGCACCUUGAUUCGCAGAUAAUCCACCAUGACUAG